AUGACUCUUUCUCUAGUAAUAUAUACUGCUGGAUACUGUGUAACAAAUAACCACAGAACAGACCUAAACAAAAUAAGUGCUUAUGAGUGUGGAUACAGUCCAAACUCUCACGAAUCAAACCAAUACAAUGCAAACUUCAUAAUAAUAUGUCUAUUAUUCCUACUAAUAGACCUAGAAAUACUAUUCCUAGUACCAUUCCUAUACACUGUUGACUCCAUAGACACUACCACAUGGAAUAUCUUCAUAUACUGUAUGUGCACUAUCAUAGGAGGAAUAAUAUUCGAACUACUAACAAGCUCGUUCGGAAAACUAGGUAAAAUCAUCAAACAAAACAAAUAA